GUCCGUGGAUAACAAGUACAUACCUCCGCAAACUUGAGCAGCUGGAGUCCUUCUGACUGACACUAGCGUAGUUUAGUCUUUAUGGUGGGAAACGUGUGCCUAACUGAACACAAAACAAUCUGGUCUCAAGAUAGAAGGGGAGGUCAGCUCUUGGAGAGAUAGUUGUGCCAUCUUUGCUGGAUUUGCGCCGGAGCGCAGCGCCUGAGACACAAGCGUACUUUCUCUGAAGAGACUUCAACACUUGUCCGACGGGAAACUAACAACAAUCAGCACUGAGGACGUACACUACCGUCUGAUUAUUACUUCUUUUACUACAAGGAAUUUUCUGUGGUCUUGUUCGUGCUACUUCAGGGAUAAAUGAUCACCUCAACCAGAAGAGUGUCUCCUGAUAAAUCUGAAGUUAGAAUCGCCUUCAGCCUCGAUGACACAUCAGAUGUAAAAGAUGUGGAGGACCUCUCUCAGACUUUUCCGGAUCUUGAGCAGCGAUUACAGCCAGUGCCACCUUGUGUUUCUCUGAGAGAGAGCGUUCAGGUGUACAAGGAGCACUGCAGGAUGGCGAGAGAGUUCCACCAAGUCAAACACGAGAUUGCUGUGCUGGAGGACCGCAAGCGUAAGUUGCUGGCAGAGCUGGUGGAGGAUGAGAAGGUUGCCAUGGAGAUUGCCCGUCUAGAGGAGGAGUUUCGGCGUCUAACCGAGGAGAACCGAACCUUGGUGACUGUCCACAACGAGCGCGCUCAGCAGCUGGAGAGGCUCUGCCCGACUGGUCGAACGAGGCAAGACUCCUCGUGACCUCUGACCUCCGCAGAACCUGAGACCACCUGACUUUUAGCUGACACCAGGCCAGGAAACCCAAGCAAAAGGCUCAGCUAGUGCUCAUUCUACACAACUGCAGUCUGGGAAUCAGCUAAUUACACAGAAAGGUGCUGUGUUUAUUCAUGUCUGAGUCAUUCGCUUGAACCACAGACGUUUGCAGACGUCAUCAUCGAGAGAAGUUGUUAGUGAUUCUACAGAGCUGUGACACAGUGCAAUUUCUUAGGGUGCUGUUUUGUUUUCAUGUGAUCUUGCGGAGCCUUCGUGGUCGUUAUUGCAAUACCUAGCACGUUGUAUUCAUCCAAUGUCCGCUGUGGGAAUGUGACCAGAUAUUUUCAUGUUUGUCUCAGGUCCUGUGGAGACUCGAAUCUUUUACCUGAGAUCUGUCGAGCUAGCCAGAGGUGGUACGAUGCGGUCCAAAUGUUGCAUUUUAUCGAGUGUUUUAACUUCCUCUCCCUCUCUCUCGCCCCAGCACACAGAUGAGUGUUUAACACAGCGUCUGGGAUCUGGAAAUUAUAACCGUUUAUGAGGAACACAAAAAGAAGAAGGGUGAUUAUUCAUUUCACAGUAUCUGCUGCGACAAAACACUGUAAGAGUUGUACAUUUUUUUUCUGAUGUAGUGAAUGUAGUAUAGUGUGUACAUGUAGACAGGGAAGCAUACGACAACAUAAACUGUAGCUUAUUGUCCUCAUCAAAUAAUAAAAUGCAUUUGAUUUUAAAACCAGCAUCAGUUCCGUAGUUUCAUUUCUCCAAGCCAACGCUGUUGUGUUUGUUGUGCUACGUCUUUACUGCUACCAGGCUUACAAAGAAAAAGGAACUAGACAGUUUUUUUUCAUGACGAGAUUAGUUCAUUCUGGAAUUAUGAAACAGUCACCUGAUUGGCCAGUUUGACUCUGAUAGGCUUCCCUCUUCCUCCAAAUCAUGUGACACUGGCAACAGUGCUUUGUAGAGAUGAUUAUCUGGUUUGGCUACACUCUGUUGUGUUGUUUUUCUUUAUGCAAAACCCAUUUACAAAGACAAUAAUUACACCUUUUCUCCCAGUGUUAAGUUAUAUGUUACUUAUUUACAUUAUUAUCCAUGUGUUUAUUAUACAUGACUGGCCAAUAACAGUUGCUGACACCUCAAACAACAUAAAUUCUCUAAUAUCUUUAUAUUAUGGAUAUAUUAUAUCUAUAUAUGACAACUUUAUAAUUCAUGUAGGCAUCAGAUAUGCAGGUAUAUUAAAUGUGCUGAUUCACUUAUACCUCUGCCAGCGAGGCAUUUCUCUCUCUAUUUGUUCCAGAAACGCACAAUGACUUGUUUUGCUACCUGUAAAAACAAGACAUGAGAUAAGUAGGACCUACUGGAAAUGAUUAACCUUUAGAUUAACAUUACAGCCUCCUCCUUGCAACAGGUCGGUGACAUUUGUUCUUGUUUUUUUGUUAGUGCACAACUUCUUUUCAGAUUUCUUUCUCCACGUUGCAAUUAGAUCAGAAAGAUUCAGGCAACUUUUAGAUCAAAAGACACAGACAAUAUAUUCUUUUAAACAAUCAGGUAUGUAUUC